CCCGAGGGCCGCCCGCCGGGCCGCACCCCGCGAGAGGGCGCUGGCGGCGGCAGGCCGCUGCCCGGGAAGGCUGAAGUUUGAAAAAAGUGCCGGUUGCUGGCGGCGCCGGCCGCAGCAAUGGCGUCGGGGACCCCGCAGGGCAGCUGUCUCUUGCAGCUGGGCAAUGGUGUGAACUUAAUGGAUCCAAGCUUCCAGCAAAAACUGGAGGGUGAGAAGGAACUACUUCGCCGCGCUAUACAGAAGGAACUGAAGAUUAAAGAGGGAGCAGAAAACCUGCGUAAAGCGACAACAGACAGAAAGAAUCUUGCUCAUAUAGAGCAUGUGCUGAAAGCUUCCAACCGAAAACUGGAGCAACUACAUUGGGAACUUCAGGAGCUUAACGCAAGGAUUGUAAUAACAGACAAAGAGGAGAGUAAGGCAGAUGGAUCUGUAUCUCCAGAUUCUUGUCUCUGGGAAAGAAACCUGGACCCCAUGGCAAGGAAGGUUGAAGCUCUGAAAAAGCAGCUGCAUGUUGAAAUGAAAGUGAAACAAGGAGCUGAGAACAUGAUCCAAAUGUAUUCAACGUCCAAGGAGCGGAAGCUGCUGGCUACAGCUCAGCAGAUGCUUCAGGACAGCAAGACAAAGAUUGAAAUAAUCCGCAUGCACAUUGUGAAAGUAUCUCAGUCAACAGGAGGGAUGGAAGAUACAGUGGAUCCAGCAGUGAGGAUGGGGACCACCAUCAGUGCUUUGGAGCUGCGUAUUGAGGAGCUGAGACAUCACCUGCGCAUUGAAGCUGCUGUAGCUGAGGGGGCAAAAAAUGUGCUGAAGAUCCUAGGAGGGAAUCGGGUACAGGAUCGCAAGUUUUUGGCUGAGGCUCAGGGUCGUUUGCAAGAAUCAUCUCAGAAGAUUGACCUGCUGCGUUUGUCCUUGGAACAUCAACUUAGUGAGCUUUCUCCCGAUCAUCCAAAAAGAGCACUCAUCAAGCAGGAACUAAUAAAUACUUCCUCCCUGGGAGCUCAGCAUGGUGGCAUCCAACCUACUUCAGUCAUCAAAUCUACAGCCCUUACAGGAACACUGGAAGUGAGACUGAUGGGGUGUCAGGAUCUAUUGGAAAAUGUUCCAGGACGUUCCCGAAUGACUAGUUCUUCUCCCAUCUGUGGCAGCCCGAGUGAUUUGAGGUCCCUUUCACGAACACGAGUUGGCUUGGGUAUCCAUGGUCGUAGUGUUGCAGGAAAGUACCUGCGGAGCGAAGAGCCAUGUAAUGAGGUACUUGCUGUGCUCAAAGUGGACAAUAAAGUGGUUGGCCAAACAAACUGGGGACUGGUUAAUAAUCAGGCAUGGGACCAGAGCUUUGUCAUUGAGCUAGACCGGUCUCGUGAGCUAGAAAUUGCAAUUUAUUGGAGAGACUGGAGAGAACUAUGUGCGGUGAAGUUUUUACGUUUGGAUGAUUUCCUUGAUAAUGAACGUCACGGGAUGUGUCUCUCACUCGAACCCCAAGGAAUGCUUUUUGCAGAGGUGAUGUUCAGUAAUCCCAUCAUUGAGAGGAAGCCAAAACUGCAGCGACAGAAACGCAUUUUCCCCAAACAGAAAGGGAAGGAAUUUCUCCGAGCUCCUCAAAUGAACAUGAAUGUUGCUGCUUGGGGUCGAUUGAUGAUGAGUUUCCUCCCUCCAUGUAGUUCCAUGAGCACCCUGAGUCCCCCACUUCAUGAUCCUGUGCACACAGACUUCUCUCCGGUUCCCCUGCAAAGUCACGUUGACUCAGUUUCCAAACUGAGUAGCGACUUUCCUGUGGCUAAGCUUACGGUUCCUGAUGAAGCUCCACCCAAGCCUCCACGCCUUUUUCUGAUGGCCAACUCCAAAGAAUCAACACUGUCUCCUGCAGAUUCUCCGUGUCUGAAGAGGCUGCAUGUUGAGAAGUCUUGCGGCUCUGCUAUGACAGAAUUUCCAAUCCUGGCAUCUCCAAGGAAAAGGACAGUUCAGCUUGAGGAUUUUCACUGCAUUGCUAUGUUGGGACGUGGCCACUUUGGGAAGGUACUGCUGGCCCAAUACAAGGCAACUGGGAAGCUGUAUGCUAUCAAAGCCUUGAAGAAAAAAGAUAUUAUUAGGAGAGAUGAAAUUGAUAGCUUGAACUGUGAGAAGCGAAUAUUUGAAGUGGUCAAUUCUUCUGAUCAUCCAUUCCUUGUGAACAUGUUUGCGUGUUUCCAGACACCUCAUCAUGCUUGUUUUGUGAUGGAAUAUACUCCAGGUGGUGAUCUUAUGAUGCGCAUACAUGAAGAUAUCUUUCCGGAACAUGUGGCACAGUUUUAUACAGCCUGCGUAGUCUUGGGGCUCCAGUUCUUGCACGAGAAGAAAAUUGUUUAUAGGGACCUGAAAUUGGAUAAUCUUCUUUUAGACGCAGAAGGAUUUGUGAAGAUUGCAGAUUUUGGAUUGUGUAAGGAAGGAAUAGGUUUUGGAGACCGCACAAACACCUUCUGUGGCACCCCUGAAUUUCUGGCUCCAGAAGUCCUGACCGACAUCUCUUACACUCGGGCAGUAGACUGGUGGGGACUGGGCGUACUCAUUUAUGAGAUGCUUGUUGGCGAGUCACCAUUCCCUGGAGAUGAUGAGGAAGAAGUCUUUGACAGUAUUGUCAACGAUGAAGUCCGGUAUCCACGAUUCCUUUCAUCUGAGGCACUUUCUAUAAUCCGUAAGCUUCUUCGGAAAUGUCCAGAGCGUAGACUGGGAGCAGGGGAAAAAGAUGCAGAAGAGAUUAAAAUCCAGGCCUUUUUUAAGGAAAUUGAUUGGGAUGCCCUGUUUGCCAGGACUCUGAAGCCCCCUUUUGUGCCCACUUUAAGAGAUCCCACCGACAUUAGCAAUUUUGAUGAAGAGUUCACAUCACAAAAGCCAAUCCUUACUCCUCCAGAGGAGGUUGCUCUGCUAACCCAUAAGGAGCAGACUGUCUUCAAGGACUUUGACUUUGUCUCCAGACACCUUUUAGAAGUUUGAUUCCUGUGCUGUAAGAAACAUGAACAGAUUGUUACCACCUUGAGAGAGCGUAGAGAGGACUUGGCAUGGGCAAUGGAAAAGUCAACAGAAUUCGUAGAACUGGUAGUGCUGAUGACCCCGGGAUGAGAGUGCCCUGCAAGCUCAGUUAACCUGCUGUGGUUUUCUCAGCCUCGUUUGUCAGAGGGAUACUGGAUAUCAGUUAUCUGUAAGGAGUAAUUUGUGUUUGACAGGAUGUAUCUUUUGCUGCAUUGAAUAUAGAUGGAAAUUUGAAAUUUAAGUGGAACUUAGAGAAAUCAAAUAAUCUUCGCAACCCAGGUUACUCUUUGCAAAAAGCCUAAGUAGGUAGCACGGCUUUUUAAAGUUGCAUAGUAGCAGGGGGAAUGGACGCUGCUCACCUGUUUUCUAGAAAAGCAUUCCCUGUUUGUAACAAUUUUAUGCCCGUUUCCAGUUAUAACUGUGCAUGCCAGAGAAGGAAUGGAUUUUAACACUACCAAGACAAUGACGUUUGGGUUUGAUAAUGAUCCAAGUGACUUCUCUUAAGGAAAAGGAGUCUCUCUCUACUUUUGAGGAUGCUGAAACUUAGCUGUUGUUUUUAAUGAUAUAAAACCACCACAGCUUUGCACAUGCUUUUUUAUUAUUAUUAUUAAUAAAAGAUACCUUUCCUUAUAAUGA